GAUAUUGUAGAUCAGACCUUAGCAGUUAUAGGAUCUUUGGUAGUCAUUUGGAAUGAUCAUCGCCUUUCUUGGAACAUAUCUCAAAACGGAAACGUGUCUAACGUUUUUUUCAAAUCAGGUCAGAUAUGGAGACCUACACUUGCACUGAAAAACUCUGUUACUGGAAUAGAAGUGAUAGGCGAUGACGGGAACCAGAAAAGUAUCCCAAUGAGUGUAAACCCCAGUGGUUCAGUAUUUUGGCUCGCACCAGCUUACUUUGUGUCAUCCUGCUCAGUGGACAUCUCCAAAUUUCCCUUCGAUACACAGACAUGUGAAAUCGUGGUAUGUUCAUAUAUUUCUUUCUUGUUCUAA